UCGUGAGGCGUAAUGCUAUUGGCCAAUGCUUAUCGUCACAGUCACACCGCCCCGCCCACGGCCUGAGAGUAAUAACACGUGCGUGGAAACGCGAGACAGUGGUGCGACAAUGAAGAGCCCCAAUAUCCUGCUCACAGGCACUCCUGGCGUUGGUAAGACCACUCUUGGCAAAGAGCUUGCAGAGAGAAAUGGUCUGACAUUUGUUAAUGUUGGAGACUUGGCAAAAGAAGGUAACUUGUAUGAGGGUUAUGAUGAAGUAUAUAGUUGUCCUGUUCUUGAUGAAGACAGAGUGAUUGAUGAGCUGGAGGACAGCAUGAGUGAAGGUGGAGUCAUUGUAGACUAUCAUGGUUGUGACUUUUUCCCUGAGAGAUGGUUCCACAUAGUGUUUGUCCUAAGAACAGAAAAUUCCUUGCUCUAUGAGAGAUUAGAGAGCAGGGGAUACAAGGAGAAAAAACUACAGGAUAACCUCCAGUGUGAGAUCUUCCAGACUAUUUACGAAGAGGCUGUAGAGUCCUAUCGAAAAGAAAUAGUUCACCAGCUGCCCAGUAACACACCAGAGGACCUGGAGCAAAACCUGGAGCAGAUUUCUCAGUGGAUUGAACAAUGGAUAAAAGAUAACAAUUGAAAUAGCAGAGUGAUCUUUCACUUUUAUUAGGAGUGGUAUCCGCCACAUUAGAACAUGCUCUGAAGUGUGUAGCGGUCGGUUUAUAGUAUUUACGGUCAUCAUAUAAAGUGAUUCAGUUGAACCCAAUGUACAUACUGUAAAUGGCUAAAAUUAUUAAAUAUAGAUUUGUAUGCGAA